AUGGAGACGUUAUCCUUCAAACCCACGCCUAAAGGAGCCACCAAGUUCGAAACUUCGCACCCUCCAGAGCGCAUGGGAAAUACAGCCAACAUCGCUUACGGCGGUUUUGCACUCGCCGUCGCUGUAAAAGGGGCAUAUCUCACGCUCCCAGAAAGCCCAACUUACUAUCUCUACUCAAUGUUAGGCAACUAUCUCGGCCCCGCACUCACAGACCGGCCACUGCGAUGCAGUAUAAAGAAUCUACGUCAAACACGAACAUUCGCUACCCGACUAGUCGAAGUCAGCCAAAUUUCGGACAACCAGGAAGAACGAAGCUGCCUCGUCGCACUCGCAGAUUUCCAAGUCCAAGGAGAAGCACUGUUAACGUAUUAUGCACCACCAUCGCGGAUAUACUCCUCCCACGCCAACCUUCCGGAAAACAACGUCUUACGCGCAGAAAUGGUGUCAUCGGGUAAAAUCCCGCAAUCCCUCGCGACUAGCUUUGAGAAAAGCUUCAGCGUCAUGAACCGGCUAUACGAAACGCGUCCAUGCCCAGAAGGCGUGUUCGCGCAAACCCUAAGUGGGAUGGCGAAAUCCCUUCCAACAACACAGGAUGGUCUCCCCCUGACCUCCAAGUCCACGGCCGACUGGGUGCGCUCGCGUCACGCACUUACCUCCCCAGAAGACCAGCUCGCGAAUCUCGCGUUUAUCAUGGAUGGAGCCCUUUCUUUUGUUCCGUUGAGUUUUGCGGGGAUGUGGUUGGAUGAUAGUAGCGCGUGUUCGAGUCUGGAUUUCGCAUUGAGGGUUUUUGGGAACUCGAUGGAGAUUGAUAUGCGAGAGUGGUGGUUGAGGGAAUUGAAAUCGUAUGUGGGUGCGGAGGGGAGAACGUAUAGUGAGGGGAGGUUGUUUGAUGAGGGGGGGAGGUGUGUGGCAAGUAUGACACAGCAGAGUAUUUUGAGGCCCUUGAGCGGGAAGGGGAAGCUUUAG